AGGUAGAAAAGGAAAGUUAGAGAGAGGAAAAAAAAGGAAAGUAGGAGACAAAAUGGCAAGAGAAAAAUGGGAAGAACAAUAAUUCUUGCUAACCAAACACAUCAUCAUCAUCAUUCAUCAGGAAACUAACAACCAGAGAUUGGUUUCCUCAAAUCCAUCAUCCCCUUUUCCUGUCUUCCCUCCUCUCAGUUGGGGUUGUUUUCAGAUUUGAAUCACUCACCCAACUCUCUAAAAUUAAAGAAAUUCAAUCUCUUUUUCACUCUCCAGCUUUAUUUCUUUCCUGUCACCACCAAACCAACUUAAUGUGAUUCCUGGUGAGGAAUUUCAUCUGGGAUUUUUCUAAAAAUAAUGCCCAGAUCUUAACAUUUUUUGAUCUUGAUGCAUCACCUUUGAGUUGUUUGAGCCUCAGAUACAAGAAAAAAUCAAGGCACAACAGUGGAUCAUAUAAAGCUUUUAUGUUGGUUUAGUGUGGUGAAGAUAAGAAUUUUGUGAGGUGCAGGACCCCCGUGGAUCACCAAAAUUUGUUUAGUAAUUGGAUUUCUGCAGCUUAGACCUUUCUGGUUGACUAUGUGUUUUUAGUUUGAGUAUUUUGAGCGGCAAAGCAUUUAGGUCUACUUGUAGGAGAUGAUCAAGCAGAUACUAAAUAGGCUCCCACGGAAGCCGUCUAAGUCAGCAGACAAUCGUGAUGGAGGAAGCUCUACAUUUCAGUCUAAUGCUUCAAAUAGUUCAAGAAGCGCUGACUUGUCUAGUUCCAGAUCCGGGAGUUUGAGUGCGACGUCUCUUUCAGGCGUCACUGGUUCUUCAACUCCAGGACUGAAUCACGGGGAUAGACUUCCACAGGCUAUAAAUGGUAAGGUGAAUGGAAAUGCAUCAGUUUUCUCAUAUGAGGCAUUGCCUAAUUUGAGGGAUGUACCAGCUUCCGAGAAGCAAAACUUGUUCAUCAAAAAGCUGAACUUGUGUUGUGUCUUGUUUGACUUUUCUGACCCAACUAAAAACUUGAAAGAGAAAGACAUCAAGCGACAGACAUUGGUGGAGCUAGUUGAUUAUGUUACUUCUGCAAAUGGGAAAUUUCCAGAAGCAGUCAUGCAAGAAGUAAUUAAAAUGGUAUCCUCAAAUUUAUUCAGGCCUCCUACUCCUCAGCCUCCCGAAAACAAAGUUUUAGAAGCUUUUGACAUAGAAGAAGAUGAACCAUUGAUGGACCCUGCAUGGCCACAUUUGCAAAUUGUGUAUGAGUUCCUUCUCAGGUUUGUGGCAUCACCAGAGACAGAUGCAAAAUUGGCUAAGAGAUACAUUGAUCACUCAUUUGUUCUAAGAAUAUUAGAUCUCUUUGAUUCAGAAGAUCCUAGGGAAAGAGAGUACUUGAAGACUGUACUUCACCGGAUAUAUGGAAAGUUCAUGGUGCACCGCCCAUUCAUUAGGAAAUCAAUCAACAAUAUAUUUUAUCGGUUUAUUUUUGAAACUGAGAAACAUAAUGGAAUAGCAGAACUGUUAGAAAUUUUGGGCAGUAUAAUCAAUGGGUUUGCUCUACCACUCAAGGAAGAGCACAAGUUGUUCCUUGUUCGAGCUCUUAUCCCACUUCAUAAACCAAAGUGCGCACAAAUGUAUCAUCAGCAGUUAUCUUACUGCAUUAUACAAUUUGUGGAAAAGGACUGCAAGCUUGCUGAUACUGUCAUAAGAGGUCUGUUGAAAUAUUGGCCUAUCACAAACAGUUCAAAGGAAGUAAUGUUCUUAGGUGAGCUGGAAGAGGUCCUAGAAGCAACUCAGCCUCCAGAGUUUCAACGCUGUAUGGUUCCGAUGUUUCGUCAGAUCAGUCGUUGCUUGAGCAGCUCACACUUUCAGACCAGAUUUUUUUUUACUAAGGAUCAAGUUUCAGCUUUGGCUCCCAAAAGAACAAUUGCAGAGGUAAAUGCAUGUAUAGCAUGAUAAGCAACAUCUCUUAUGGAGCAUAGAAAUGAGUCAAAAAAAAUAGUUGUUCUUGUUGUUAUUUUGUCCUAUCUGGGUAGCCCCUGGAAGGGGCCACAGCUGGCUCAUUUUAGAAGUAAUCUAGCUAAAGCAUAUCUACUGAAAGAUAUGGAGAACACCAGACAAAGUUUAGUCCUGAAAUCUCUUAGUCUUAGAAGACCUUUAUGUUGCUCAUUAUCAGCCUAGGAUCCAUUGGAGAUUCUUUUGCCUAUGUAAGCAUCUUCUCUUACGUCCUAUUUUCCACUCCUCUUGCCAAAGAGAGUAAGGUGGUGCUUAUAAACUUUCUUUUGUUUCUGUAUGUUAUUAAGCAGUCAGGAUUUGUGCAUGUCUCUUGGCCAAUUCGAUUUUGUUUCUCGUAGAGAUGCUCUAACUUGCUGCUUUUCUGUUGUGACUGCGACAACUUCACAUAAAAUAAGACUUGCACAUUCUUUGUUGCAACUUCCUGGGAUAGCUUGAUAGAAGGUAAUCCUCCAACCUGCGAAGCAACAUUUUGGCUAAGACUUUAUAUCUAUUGUGAAAUUAUCUAAGCAUCCUACCCAAAACUUUAAGGCAAUUGGUGAAGGGGCUUACGACGUUAUAAACCCCUUUGGAAACCCUUGCACAACCAAUGGAGACUAGUUUGAUCUAACUUCUAACAUCCUCCCGCACAUGUAGCCAUGUUCUACAGUUUGCAUGUGUUGAAGACUUCUAUUUUCGUUUUUUCUAACAGUGGACCUAAUGCAGGGAGAGAUUAGGCUCGAUAGGAGGAGGGUGGGCCUGGAGCAUGAGAGAGCAGGCUCAAUAGGCUAAAGUGGGCCUGGAGCUGAGAGAGAAAGAGAGUAGGCUCAAGAGGCUACGGAGUGGGUAUGGAGUAAUUUUAGUGGCUCGGUGAGUUGAACGGGGAGAGAUAAAUGAGAGAAGUCUAGAGCGGCUCGAUGGACUGAGUUGAGAGACAGAAGCCCGGAGCAAUACAGUAGGUAGAGAGAAAACAGUUGUCAAAUGAGCUCACUGAUACCAUGUUAACUAAUAUAAGCAUGGUAACUGAUACUAUGUUUAGGCAAUAGUUGGAGCCGCCCAGGACAUUAUAAACUCUUUUCAAAACCUUUAUGUGACCAAUGAUGGACAAGUGUAUUCUCUGACAUCUAUGAUUGAAAUCAAACCAAUGAUAACUGAACAUGUAAUGUAAUGUGGUUGUUUGAUAGAAUGAGAUAGACCAGAUCCAUUAUCUGCAGCUUCCAUUUUCCCCCUCUAUGUGUGUGACAAAUUCUAGUUCAUUUUCAAUCUGUUCAAAUCUUGCA